AUGUACUACGAACCGCAAUGUUAUGAGGGAAGGGAAAACGAAGUCGUCAGUUCCAGCGUCAAUUUAGCCAUGGCACCACAAGUUACAGCGGUCACGGAGCCGGUGACACUGGGCGAGGGUCCGCACUGGGACAGCGAGGAGCAAGCGCUCUACUUCGUCAGCAUCUUCGAUAAAUCCAUCCAUAAGUACGACCCAGCCACUAAAAAACACACGCGAUCCGUCUUAGAUGACCAGGUGACUUUCAUAAUACCCGUGGAAGGCAAACGUCACCAUUUCGUGGUGGGUCUUAAACGUCGCAUCGCGGAGGUCAUUUGGGACGGUCAGGACGGUACCGCAAAAGUGGUACGCACGGUUGCUGAAGUGGACAAACACUGUCCCGACAACAGGUUGAAUGACGCCAAAACGGAUCCCAGAGGCCGUCUUUUUGCAGGUACGAUGGGCCACGAAUAUGAACCAGGGAAGUUUCACCUCAAGAAAGGCUCCCUGUACCGCAUCGACCCGGACGGGAAGACGAAAUGCCUGGCUGAUAAAGUGGACAUCUCCAACGGACUAUGCUGGGAUAUCAAGGAAAAGGCGUUUUACUACGCAGACUCAUUUGAAUAUGCGAUCCGGCGCUAUGAUUACGAUAUCGAAACUGGGGAUAUCUCAAACCCGAGAUUUGUGUUCAACUAUAAAGACCACGGCUUGGAAGGUAUUGUCGACGGUAUGACCAUCGACUCGGAUGGUAAUCUUUGGGUUGCAAACUUCGACGGCCACCAGGUUUUAAAAAUAGACCCCAAGAAAGGCAAACUUCUCGAGAAAAUUCGAAUUCCCGCGCUUCAAGUUACAUCAGUUAUCUUUGGCGGAUCAAACCUGGACAUUUUGUACGUCACCUCAGCUUCUAUGAACCGAGGAGUGGAGCAAAAGCCACCAUGCGGUUCAACCUUCCAGGUCACUGGACUCGGAGUAAAAGGCCUUCCUAGUGUCAAUGUGAAGCUUAACUAA